GCAUAGAUAAAUUGAGGAAAUUAAAGAAGAAAACAUUAUCGGGAGGCAGUGGUAGAAGAGAGAAGAUGGAUGGGGUGUCGCAGUUAGGCCUUCCAGUGCUGGGAAUCGUAGCUGCUGCUGCUCUCACCUUUUAUGUCGUUAGCUUUUCUGAGCUAAGAGAGAAAUCAUUUAGAGAUUUGGAAGAUUCAGAGAAUGAAAAUGGAGGAUUCGAUUCUUACGUAAGCUCUAGGAAAAGGCGUGCAAUAAGAAAAGCAGAGAAGAAGUCCAAAACUUGACUACCCUCUGCUUUUGCUUUCUUUUCUACACUUGUGGAAUUCAACCAUGCCUCUUUUCUUUAUAAUAUGUAAGCUAUAGUUCUAUGCUUUUUUUUUUUUUUGGGCAUAAUCAUGUACGUAGCUAGAGAUCUUCACCAGCACCACCAAAGCCACUGUACAAGCAUCGUAAUUUAUAAAAGAGUUAAUUGAAAAAUAAGUAUUUUAAUUAUACA